CGUCCGUGUUGUUGUGCCGCCGCUGCAGUGAAACACAACACACGUCUCUUUAUUUCCUUGUUUUCUUUUAUAAAGUUAAAUUGUUUUAAAUAAAUAUUAUUUUGGUAUCAUUUUUAGUUAUUUAUAAAAUUGUUUAAUUUAACUUUUCUUUACUUUUUCCUUUAUUUUCGAAUGUGAAAUCAUUUUUAAGGUGAAUAAGUAAUGCAAAAGCCUAAGAAAGCAUACCUAAGUAUUUUAUUUAUUUAAUAAAAGAUUGUUAAAGUGAAGUGCAAUGGUUGGAAUCAUGAUUCAAACAGUCAGUAGGCAGCAGCAGUAGCAAGCAGCAGCGGUGUGGGCAGCACAAGAUGCGCGCCCAGCAGUGGGUGGCGCUGUGGUCGCUGUGGGCGGCGCGUCUGCUGCCGCAGCGCACGCCGGCAGUGCGUGUAAGCGGCGGCCUGCUGCGCGGCUCACUCUCCCCCGAUGGCUCGCACGCCGCAUACCUUGGCAUCCCCUACGCCACUGCCGGUAGAUUUCAGGCGCCGAAACCGGUGACCGGCUGGAGCGGCGUGCUCGAGGCGCAGGACGAGCACAUCAGGUGCAUCCAAAGAUUCACAGCCACCACUGUUCUCGGCACGGAGGAUAAUUGUCUCACUCUAAACGUCUACACGCCGAUAAACAGAGGUCGUAUACUGCCCGUGAUGGUGUACAUCCACGGCGGCGGCUUCCGCGACGGCUCCGGCUCUCCGUUCAUAUACGGACCAGAGUACUUAGUUAAACACGAAGUUAUCCUUGUCACUUUAAACUAUAGACUAGAAGUAAUGGGAUUUCUGUGUCUAGGCAUCCAAGAAGCUCCGGGCAACGCCGGCCUUAAGGACCAGCUGGAGGCUUUGAAGUGGGUAAAGACAAAUAUCGAAGCGUUUGGCGGAGAUCCAAAUUCGAUAACGUUGUUCGGCGAGAGCGCCGGCUCAGCCUCUGUUGUGUACCACCUCCUUUCCCCGAUGUCUGCGGGGUUGUUCCACAGAGCCAUAAUGCAGAGCGGCUCCGCGAUGUCCCCGUGGAGCUUCCAGUUCGAACCCGUGAGCACCGCCAGCGCGCUCGCCGCACAACUUGGUUAUAACACUAGCGACCCCUACGAACUUUAUAAUAUUUUCGUCAACACAUCUGCAGAAAAAUUGCUCAGCGCUCGCGUACCGAGAGCUCGCGGCGACGUCGUGCUAUCCGAGAACAUCUUCGUGCCGUGCGCUGAGAAGAGAAUUGAAGGAAAUGAUCAAUUUCUUAAUGAUACACCAUACAACUUACUCAGUCUAGGAAAGUACACCAAGUUGCCGGUUAUCGUCGGAUUUAACAACGCCGAAGGAUACAUGUUCGUGGGUAAAGAAAACGACACAACAAUUUCAAAUAUUAAUUUCAUCGAUUCUCUGCCGAGAGAUCUUAGUUUCCCCACGAUGGGAGAAAAGAAAAGCGUCGCCGACACAUUCAAUAAACUUUAUAUGAAUUACGAGAAAAUUUCAAAGAAUAAUUUAGUAAAGUUUUCUCGUUACGCGGGAGACUCGGGUAUAACGUACUCUGUGGCGGCGACAGUGGAUCUGAUGCUGCGGAGCUCCGAGCGGCCGCUAUACGCGUACCAGUUCAGCUUCUCCGGCUGGAUGAACGUCGUCAAGCAACUUUACGGGUUCGCGGGCGCGCCGGGCGCUACACACGCUGACGAACUCUUCUACUUGUUCAAACUCAAAGCAAAAUUGUUUCAGUCCUUCCUCGAACUGGACAUGGUGGACAAGAUGACUACAAUGUGGACUAAUUUCGCCAAAUACGGGGAUCCUACGCCGGCCGUUACCCAAUUACUGCCCGUAAAAUGGCCUCCGACGGAAAGGAAUAAUCCUCGCGUUUUCGUUAUAGACAGUCAGUUCAGCACGGCGCCCUUGUGGAGCGGACCUGCUUUAUUGUUUUGGAAUGAAACGUACUCUAAAUAUAGAAGAAAAGGUUAAUAACUUUGCCUAAUUUGAAAAGACCUUAUCAUAGUGUACUAAUGAGAUUAAGGAAAGAUAUAUUUAGGCGGUAGACUUCGCAUCGUUUCGAAUGUAAAAUUGCACGUUAAAAAUGAGCGCUGGGAUUAGCGUCGCGACGUGACGUGCGGUGGCGGAAGCGGCGGUUGUUUGUCUGCAGCCUAAGGACUGCGGGGGUUUGACGUAACACAUUUUUUUUGAAUGAACUUGCCUAAUUAGUUAAUAGAAACUUUGCUUGAAAUUUAAACAUUUGUGUGUAUACUGUUUAUUUUGCUCAGAUUCUUUCACAGGCGCUGUACACGCGCCUCUAAUUCUUAAGGAAAAUUUUAGUUACAUAGAAAUUUUAUUCGAUCAUUAAAAUUGAAUUAUAAAAGAAGAACUUACUAAAGUUUUUGGAAAUAAUUGUAGAAGAAUAGCACUAAUCACAUUCAGUGCUGAUACGUAUACUUAUACAUAAAAAAAUUAUGAUAGGUUUAGGCCAUUUAUAUUUUUACGAGAAAGUCUGUACAAAAAAGUUGUGUUUAUAGUUGUUUUUUUGUUUUGACUAUUAUUAUUUGAAUUUGAAAAUUAUUAUUUUACUUGAUGCAAGUGCUAUCCACUGUGUUUACUGAAAAUCGCUAUCUAGACAUCAAAAAAAAAUUAAAACAAUCCCGAGGAAAACGUUUUCCAAACUUUGCUUUAUAGUAAUAGCUCUCAUACAACGAACGAGCAAUGAAUUACUUCUCGACUACAGUAUUAUGUGAAUUCACGAUAGUUACAUGGCGAUUACGUUAAUUACCAAUCCAAAUACAUAAAAUACAUACAAAACUGUUGUUAAAUAAUAUAGAAAAACUUUCUUAAUAAAGUACUUAGACUAAGUGAAAUGGCUAAGAAACGUUUACAUAAAAUAUUUAGCAAAGUAUAAUGAAAGUACAAUCGGACGUACUCGUACAUACUCUUACAUAUGUAUAGCAAGGUCGCGGUGCGGCGGCGGCGGAUGUGCUGCCCUCCGCUCUUACCUAAUGCACCUAUUGCUGUUACUGUCCCCAAAAUAUUUUAUACUUUGUCCAUUUAAUAUGUAUGAAACAAAUGGAAUAUUAUGU